CUGUCCAGCCUGACACGAGGCUCUGGACAGACAAGCUGAGCAGCAUGGGGACAGUGCUUAGAAGGCCCCUCGUGGCCCCCAGCGGGCGCAGCCAGGAAGGGCCCUUUGUGGGGAGCUGGUCUCUGCAGGCCAGUGCAGGUGAUGCAAGCUCUUCCACGUGGUGGUCCAGCAGAUCCUGGUGCUGCCAGGGAAUCCUCUGCAGGGAAAGGGAGCCAAGCCAUGGCAUGGCAGGACAGGGGCAGGUGGGGAACUACAAGAGGACGGUGAAGCGAAUCGACGACGGCCACCGCCUCUGCAGCGACCUCAUGAGCUGCCUGCAUGAGCGGGCGCGCAUUGAGAAGGCGUACGCGCAGCAGCUCACCGAGUGGGCACGACGCUGGCGCCAGCUCGUGGAGAAGGGGCCGCAGUAUGGAACCGUGGAGAAGGCCUGGAUAGCGGUCAUGUCCGAGGCGGAGAAGGUGAGCGAGCUGCACCUUGAAGUGAAGGCCUCACUGAUGAAUGAGGACUUUGAGAAGAUCAAGAACUGGCAGAAGGAGGCUUUCCACAAACAGAUGAUGGGGGGCUUUAAGGAGACCAAAGAAGCUGAAGAUGGCUUCCGAAAGGCACAGAAGCCCUGGGCCAAGAAACUGAAAGAGGUGGAGGCGGCCAAGAAAGCCCACCAUGCAGCAUGCAAAGAGGAGAAGCUGGCCAUCUCAAGGGAGGCCAACAGCAAGGCAGACCCAUCUCUCAACCCCGAGCAGCUCAAGAAACUCCAAGACAAAGUAGAGAAGUGCAAACAAGACGUGCUAAAGACCAAGGAGAAGUAUGAGAAGUCGCUGAAGGAGCUGGAGCAGGGCACCCCGCAGUACAUGGAGAACAUGGAGCAGGUGUUUGAUCAGUGCCAGCAGUUUGAGGAGAAGCGCCUGCGCUUCUUUCGGGAGGUUCUACUGGAAGUUCAGAAACACCUCGACCUGUCCAACGUGGCUGGCUACAAAGCCAUUUACCGGGAGCUGGAGCAGAACAUCAAAGCAGCCGACGCAGUGGAGGACCUGCGGUGGUUCCGAGCCAAUCAUGGGCCGGGCAUGGCCAUGAACUGGCCGCAGUUUGAGGAGUGGUCAGCAGACCUCAACCGCACCCUCAGCCGGAGGGAGAGGAAGAAGGCCUCGGAUGGCGUCACCCUGACAGGCAUCAACCAGACGGGUGACCAGGCUGUCCAGAACAAAGCUGGCAGCAACCUUAGUGUCCCGAGCAACCCUGCCCAGUCACAGUCCAGCUACAACCCCUUCGAGGACGAGGACGACACGGGCAGCACCGUCAGUGAGAAGGAGGACAUUAAGGCCAAAAAUGUGAGCAGCUACGACAAGGCCCAGAGCUACCCCACUGACUGGUCAGACGAUGAGUCCAACAACCCCUUCUCCUCCACCGAUGCCAACGGGGACUCCAAUCCGUUUGACGAGGACACCAGCUCGGGGACCGAAGUGCGAGUCCGGGCCCUGUAUGACUACGAGGGGCAGGAGCAUGACGAGCUGAGCUUCAAGGCCGGAGACGAGCUAACCAAGCUAGAGGACGAGGAUGAGCAGGGCUGGUGCAAGGGGCGCCUGGACAGUGGACAGGUUGGCCUGUAUCCAGCCAACUACGUCGAGGCGAUCCAGUGACGGGCCAUGGGUGGGCUGGCGGAGGGACGGAAGCCACCUUCCUGGGAACUCCGCUGGCCUCCGGCCAGGGCCACGGCACCUCGGGCACCCCCAGCUGGCCGUGUGGGCGUCCGCUCCCCUGCAAGGACAGUGGGUGCGCUGCUCUUGGCUUCCCAGCGUCCUUGAAGGCAGAUGCGCUGGUCACCUGGGCCUGGUGCCCAUCCAGGUGCAGCUGCAGAGAUGCGUGCACAGGAGGCUACAGUGCCACAGAGGAAGAGCCCCCUUUGCCCCCACCCAGCUUAUCAUGGAUCUGUGUGUCCCCACUU